AUGUGGAAGCGCGGGCGACCCGAAACCGACUACGAACGAUGGCAGCGGGAGCAGGACCAGAGCUACCAGCCCGGCGAACAACCAGAAUAUGGACCGAGUUACCGCGAAUCUUACAACCAUAGACUCCCAGACGAAUAUCGGAAGGAUAAUUAUGUGUUAGACGGAGGUGGCGAGUUCCGCCAUGGACAACAAUAUGUCGAGGACAGGCCCACAUCGCACGGCCAUUUUGUAUCCUCUCAGGCCCCAGGAAAGCCCAUCGCAAGCGAGGAUAGCAUCAUAUCUACUGCCAGAAAGGCUUUACAUCUUGGCAAUGAGACCUUUAUGGGUAUGAAGUCAAUCAAACGAGGCCGUCGCCAUCGCACUCUUCCACGGUCGGACAGACCAUGUCUCGAAGACAAGAGAUGA